AACUGAUCUGAGUCUUUGUGUCGUCUGUCUGUGUGAGAGUGAAAAUCCAUCCAAAUGGCUCAGCAGGGAGUUCAGCUGGACCAGGACCAGUUCUGUUGUUCUGUCUGUCUGGAUGUACUGAAGGAACCAGUCACCAUCCCCUGUGGACACAAUUACUGUAGAAGCUGUAUUGACGGCUGCUGGGAUCAGGAAGUUCUGAAAGGGGUCUAUAGCUGUCCGCAGUGCAGAGAGACCUUCACUCCAAGGCCUAAUCUGAAGAAAAAUAAUAUGUUGGCUGAGAUGGUGGAGAAAAUGAAGAAAACAGGACUCCAGGCUGCUCCCCCUCCUGCUCUGUGCUAUGGUGGAUCUGGAGAUGUGGCGUGUGACAUCUGCACUGGAAGCAGAAAGCGGAAAGCCCUCAUGUCCUGUCUGCCGUGUCUGGCCUCUUACUGUGAGAAUCACCUCCAAUCUCACUAUGAAUCUCCUGCUUUGAAGAAACACAAGCUGGUCAAAGCCACCGCACAACUACAGGAGAAGAUCUGCUCUCAUCAUGACAAACUGCUGGAGGUUUACUGUCGUACCGAUCAGCAGUGUAUCUGUAUGCUGUGUACAAUGGAUGAACAUAAAGGCCAUGAUACAGUGUCAGCUGCAGCAGAGAGGACUGAGAAACUGAGGCAGCUGGGGAUGAGUCAGCAGAAGGUCCAGCAGAGAUUCCAGGAGAGAGAGAAGGAGCUGAAGGAGCUCAGACAGGCUGUGGAGUCUCUCAAGCUCUCUGCACAGGCAGCAGUGGAGGACAGUGAUCAGAUCUUUACUGAGCUGAUCCGCUCCAUUGAGAGAAGGUGCUCUGAGGUGAAGGAGCUGAUCAGAGCCCAAGAGAAGGCUCAAGUGAGUCAAGUUGAAGGACUCCUGGAGCAACUGAAGCAGGAGAUAGCUGAGCUGAGGAAGAGAAGCACUGAGCUGGAGCAGCUCUCACACACAGAGGAUCACAUCCAUUUCCUCCAGGUAACUAAACUGCCUUGUUACAUGUGAUAUGAAAUUAAAACUCUCAAUCAUUUGGAUCUGUUCUCUCUUUGUCUCUCUCUCUUUCUCUCUCUCCAGAGUUAUCAGUCUCUCUCCAG